AUGCUCACCGUUGCCGUCAUUGCGCUUCUUUUUCCCGUAGUUCUUUGCCAAGGAGGAAUGGCUGAGUUGAAGUCGAUCACUGGUGAUGAACCGUAUAGAGGGCUCGGGACCAAUCCUCCUGCCAUGAUUCCACGACCGAUGGGAUUCUGGGGAAGGCCAAGGUAUGCGCCUACAUAUGGUUCUGCCUUCAUGGGUGGCGGGCCAUACUACAGCCCGUAUGGAGGUGGUGGCCGUUUCACGAGCAUUAGUUACAGUCCCUACGGGGAGGCUGGACCUCUUCCUUUGGGUGAUCCGUUCGCGAAUGCUGUCAUGGGCUCCGCUGUCGAUCCGUCACCCUAUUCGCCCUACUCUCGUCGUUUCUCGGCUGCUCUUUCGUCGAACACUCUUACUCCAUUUCAAGAUUCCCCCGCACCACGAUCUAUCAACACUUUCGGCAGAACCAACACCUUCACACCUUCCUCAUUCAACGCUCCAACUGGAUCAUCCGGUUCUGUUUCACUCUCGGAAGCUACCGGAGGUGGCUUCUACAAAGGUAGAGGAAAUUGA